GAAAGCAAGGAGCUAUCAUGGUCCGAGGUGAUGAUAUAAGCUAAAACCUAAGAAAGGGAAAGCAAUAAAGCACUGAAAACCCCAAGUUAUGGCUGUCAGUCCACUGCUGAAGGCAGAGGAGCAAGGAAAAGCACCAGCUUUCCUCUUGAAAGCUGUUGUGAGGCGGCUCUUGGUGUACUGCGUGGCUCUGGCUGCUGAAUAGGAGCUCACGUGGGGGGCAGAGGGUUAAUCUGAAUCACCAAGGUGAUUAUGUAGCUGUAGACCUGGGUUAGAGGAUGGGUCUCAAGCCGCAACAGCCUGGCAGAUUGCAGAGAGAGAAAAACAGACAUCUCCAGAGAUGUAAAAGAAUGGAAAGCAAUUGCUUACAGGAGUACAAAGGCAUCUAAUUAGAAUGGAACAGAAGAUAAUAAGAUACAGAGGAAUUUUGGCAGAGUAUAUCAGAGAACAGCUCCUGACAGUGAAUAUUAUUAAGCAGAGGUAGAAAUGCUCAAAAGGGGGAGGGUAGAAGGAGCCCAGCUAGUUGGAAUAUGGAAAAGCAGACUACACAAAACAUCAGCAUACAACCAGAAAGGACAAUUCCUCUGGAGCUCCAUGGAGUUUAACAGCUCUUUCCCAUCUAAAAUGGAUAAGCUAAGCUUGAGGAGAGAAGAGUCACUGUCAAUACUCCCUCACAGCUGCCUUUCCUAUGAUCCUUGAUGUUGUUAUUGCCAUCUUCUUACGCAGCAACCGAGCUUUGGAAUCAUGGCUGCAGUUUCCAAUGAGCCCAAAAGCAGUCGGGAGAGCCCUGCGCAUAGGGAAGAGCAAGGCAGUGGUACCCGGGAGCUGUACUUGCAAUGGAGAAGCCUCAUCCAGCAGUUCCUGCACUCCAGCCUGAGCCUCCGCUACCUCCAGAAGCAGCAGGAUAAGGUUCACAUCCUGAAGAGGUGCUCCUUUUGCUUGGAUAUUGAGCCCAAAUACGUGAAGGUGAGAGACCAGAACCAUGGGGUUCAUCGCACCGAGAUCCUGCAGCUCAUGGACUACCACAGGGUGCGGAAGAUGGGAAAAACCCAGACCCAAAUCCAGCUGUUGCCCCUAACGGAGCUGUUGGAAGAGCUGCAACAAGGCUGGAAGGAGCUGAACUUGUGCGUAGAGUUCUAUGACAUGGCAACUUUCUUCUCCCAGUGGGACAGGAUCAGGCAGAAACUGUCCAAGCUCACUGGGUUUAUGGAAACUCUCCUUUCCUUGGAGUCCCCAAGGCAGAGCUGUGUCAAGCACAGUCUGGUGUCCGAUGCGGAUCUCGGGGGUAUCAGACCCCCCAGCUUUAGGCUUUCCCUCUAUACCAAGAUGCUGGUGGUGCUCGAGAACUGGGCCAGGCUCAAGUGGUUUACUGAGAAUCAGGAGUCACACCUGGACCAGUGCGAGCUGAGCUUGAAGCUACUGACAAUGGGGUUGGAAGUGGGAUUCAGCAGGACCCACCAAGUGAGCUCCAACUCCUGCAUAGUCCAGAACCUGAAGCCCAGCAGAUCCUAUGAGUUCACCAUUAGGAGGUCACCCAAAGGGACCCUUGUCCUUGAGGAGUGGCACGACACCAUCGUUCUGACAAUGCACACUGCCAAAGAUGCGCGGAGCAGUGCUUGCACCCCAGAAGGAUGA